AUCGGGAUUGGAAGGACGUAGAAUCUUGCGACUUCGAUGCUUUCGGGUCGAUCUUCUCAGCACUCGCAAACGGAGCUCCUGGCCCGGAGUAACGCAGCGCAAGAUUUCUUGAAAGUAUCCCGGAUACUUCGACAUCGCGUGCUGAUUGUGGUUUCUGCAUAUGAUGUACACGUUCGCGAAGCCAUACACCGUGUGUACGCGCCUAGUGGAGUGCUUCCCAGGACGGAUUUAACACCUUCUGCCUCACGUGGACGAUAUGGCGGACGACUGUACUUCUACUCUUCAGAAACCAUCGCACCCCUUGCUAUAUGCUCUCCUGCUCUGUAAUACCCCGGCUUCUACCUGUCCACCAUGUUCAAACCCCUAGGCGGGCUGCUGAUAGCCGUCGCUUCUGCAUUGUUCCUAACAGCGGCUACGCCCCUCAAACGAUCGCACAUUACCGAGUUCAAGUCAUCCGUUCACGAUGAUACCGGGCUUCGCUUUGUCAAAGACUCUGGCAUUUGCGAAACCACGCCCGGCGUUUCUCAAAUCUCAGGGUAUCUGGAUAUUGGCGCAAAUAUGUCGAUGUGGUUUUGGUUCUUCGAAGCUAGGCAUACCCCCGAAACAGCGCCGUUCACUCUGUGGAUCAAUGGCGGUCCAGGGUGCUCGUCGAUGAUCGGAUUGUUCCAGGAACACGGACCUUGUCAUGUUAAUCCGGAUGGUAACUCGACGACGCUGAACCCCUUCAGUUGGAACAACGUCAGCAAUAUGAUCUACAUUGACCAACCCAUCGGCACCGGGUUCUCGUACGGCACUAGCCCGGUGAACAGCACAGAGUCGGCUGCUCCCUUUUUCUGGACCGCCUUCCAGUUACUGUUCGAAAGCGGAGAAUUUGAGAAAUUCCGAUCACGCGAAUUCGUUUUCGCCACAGAAAGCUACGGCGGACAUUAUGGUCCUAGCUUUGUGACCUAUUUCGAUGAACAAAACGAAAAGAUCGACAAGGGCGAGCUGAAAGGAGAGAAAAUAACUACAGCGGCUCUCAUGAUCAACAACGGCUGGUACGAUCCUCUGCUUCAGAAUAAGGCAUACGUCGACUUUGCGACCAACGCUCCUGGUUACGGGCAGCUGGUCAAUGAUAGCGUGUUGGAGCAGUUGAACGAGGCGUUCUAUGGAGAAAACGGCUGCAAGGUCAUGGAGGAGGCAUGCUACGCCGCCGGGACGAACAGCAGUUCGAACGCUAUCUGCAUCAGCGCAGAUAACUUUUGCGUCGAGAACGUGUUCAUUCCGGCGAUCGGGGAUCGCGACGUAGAUGAUCUCAGACAGAACUCAUCUGCGCUGUUCCCGCCCGAAUUCUACGUGCACUAUUUAGCGAAUCCCGAUGUGAAGGCAGCAAUCGGAGCCAAUGCGACGUACCGUGAAUGUUCAGGGGCUGUCGGCGGACAAUUCGGACGUACGGGUGACGAUGCACGGACAUGGCUCCCACAGCUCGGCGCUUUAGCAAACUCGCGUCUCAAGGUGCUCAUUUGGGCCGGAGACGCAGAUAUCAACUGUAACUGGCUGGGAGGCUACGCCUCUGUGGAGGCCAUGGACUGGUACGGCCAUGACAGAUUGGUCAACACGCCGUUUAAGAACAUAACCCUGGACGGUGCCCCAGUCGCGUCGAUCAAAAACAUUGAUAACUUCUCCUUUGCACGUGUAUACCAGGCAGGACACGAAGUGCCUGCUUUCCAACCUGAGGCUGCGCUCGCGAUUUUCGAACAGGUCAUCAAGAAAGAGCAACUCCAUUCUGUGUAA